AUGCCGCGGGGAGGCGGGAGGCGUGGGACGGGGAGAGCAUGGCGGGGAGCCGCCGCCGCCGCCGCUCGGCCGCCGCGGGACGAGCGCGCCAUGGAGGUGGUCGAGCUCAUCAGCGAUGACGACCACCGUGUCAGAUGCGAAAUUUCGUUCAGAUUAACACUUUUUCUCGAUGGGUCGAAGGAGUACUAUAACCUUGCGAUUUUGUUUACAGAUGAGCCGAAGUCAGCAACGCAGGCAGAGGGAUGCGCGGCAGAUGUUUCCGAGGUGCCCCCAUGCCAAUCCCCGAAGGAAGUUUCCGCAAAGAACCUCGGGCGUCUUAGGAAGCGAACAGCGGCCGCCGGUGGUGCUGCAACUUCUGAGUUGCACGAGGACGAGGUGCAGGCUGCUGAAGUCAUGCCGAGCAAUGGUGAAGAUGGGCAGCUGUUGCAUCCAUGCAGAAGGUCCAAACGCCUACAGAGGGAACGAACUGAAAAGCAAGAAUUGAGUAGCAGGGAUAGUCAGCCUGAUGUAUUUGUGAACAGCAAGGAUGCUAAGGGUGAGUUGCUUGCAGUUUUUUACUUGAAGAUAUCAAAGCGUCUUCGGCACAGAAUGGGAACUAGCAAAGAUGCAUACAACAGCGAUUCUGAUAGUGACACUGUGGAUAAUCAUAGGAAGGCAAUUCCAUGCAGAAGAAUGUCAAAGCGCCUACAAGAGAAACAGAAGGCUGAUCAUGUUUCAGAUGAGAGGUGCACUGAAGCUUCUCCGUGUAUGUUGUCAACGUCUAAAUCUUCAGGAUCAGAUGAUGAGCUAUUGCGUAGUACUGUAAAACCUUGCAAACGCACUUCUAGUGGACCUAUUUGCUCAAUAUGUAAGGUUCCACUUGAUUGGCUUCUUGUUGUUGAGCGUCAACGAGCACGAUCCUACAUAAGCAAGAAUACCUUACCUAAAGAAGCAUACUCGGAGGAUCAAAGGAAACCUGAAUGGCUUGAAGUAGAUCGUGCCAUUGCAUGCCGCCGGAAGUUUGGUCGUGAUGGUUUAUGUGACGUCCUGGCUAGUUUUCACAAUAAUGAAGAUUUUGAGGGGUACGAGUUCCUCGUCAAAUGGAAAGGGCUUGACUAUUGUGAUGUUACAUGGGAGUCUUACUGCACUGAAGGCGUGGCGUCAGCUGUUUCUAUGCUUGUCCAACGGCAUAAAAAUACUUUACAAAGCCCAAUGAACAGUGACGUGAUGGUCCCAGAAAAUGUACUAUACGCUUAUCAGCUUCAAGGAUUACAAUGGAUUCUUGACAAUUUCAAAUCUAGGAGGAGCGUUAUUCUUGCUGAUGAAAUGGGUCUUGGCAAAACUGUCCAAGUUGUUUGCUUUCUCAACCGCAUAAUCAAGGGAAGCCUGACUACAUCUCCUGCAUUGGUCAUUGUUCCCAAGAGCAUCCUACUGCAAUGGGAAAAGGAAUUUGAUCGCUGGGCACAUGAUGUUAGUAUUGUUGUUUACCAAGGAGAUAAGGACUCCAGGAAGUGUAUUCAAGCUCAUGAACUGUACUCUUCCAAAGGGAAGACUCUGUUUGAUGCUCUAGUGACAAGUUAUGAGAUUGUCCAACUUGAUAAAGCAGUUCUAAAAAAAAUUAAGUGGUCAACGAUUGUCAUUGAUGAGGCUCACAGAUUGAAGACGCUUGAUUGUAAUCUUGCAUCCUGCCUAAAGAAAUAUAGCUCAGAUUUCCGGUUGCUACUUACAGGAAGACCAUUCCAAAAUAACGUCCUGGAAUUGUUUUCAUUGCUUCAUUAUAUUGAUCCAAAUGAGUUCUCUGACCCAAAUGAUGAUCCAUUGUUCUCACCAAUUGAAUCUGAGCGGGGUCUGACAAUAGAUGAAAAAAUCGCCCGCAUUCCUGAGAUUUUAAAGCCUAGGAUGUUGAGGAGAUUGAAAGCUGAUGUGCUAAAAGAUUCUAUGCCAACAAAGAAGUGGGUAGAAGUUCCGUGUACGCUUACAGAUUCUCAGAGAGAUCUUUACAUUAAUAUUCUAGAGAAGAACUACUCAGAGUUGAACAGUGCUAUUCAGGAUGUUGCUCCCAAAAUUGAAAGAGAGAGGGAACCGUGUAUUGAUCUUCUCCCAGAUGAGAAAAUGCUUGAUAUUCUUGAGGACUUCCUUUCUUUCCUGGGAUACACAUAUGCACGCAUUGAUGGACAGACAGCACUCUCUGAGAGGCAGGAGAGCAUAAAAGAACACAACAACGUUGAAAGUGAAACAUUUAUUUUCUUGAUGUCAACUUGUGCUGGUGGUAUAGGUAUUGACCUGCCUGGUGCUGAUAGAGUAAUUAUAUAUGAUCCAGACUUCAAUUCAUUUAUGGACUUGCAAGCACAGUCCAGGGCUCACCGGAUUGGCCAGACCCGACCGGUGGUUGUUUACCAGCUUAUUACAAAAUGUUCUGUUGAAGCAAAGAUAUUGCAGAAGUCUAAGCAGAAGCUGGCCAUUGAAAAUAUUUUAAUGAACUCUUCCAAGAAGCCGCCAAGUGCUGAUGAGCUGAAGUCCAUUCUACUACAUGGAGCCAAGAUAAUUCAGGACAAAAAGGAGAUUAAAGCUGUAUCAAUCCAUUAUGAUGACGAGGCCAUUGAGAAUCUCCUCAAGCUAGACCCUUCUAGUGAUGAGAUGUGCACUAAAGAAGGCAACGGUUAUCUCGGCGGCAUCGAGAGCUUUCCUCAUGGUGCCGAGGACGUAGUACCUCCCUCCCCCAAGGUUGAGGAUUUAAAAGUAUUCAAGCCUGCCACUCCCAAGGUGGAUCUUGGCCGCGGGAGAAGGCAGAGGAACGCCGUGAAGUAUUUCGAGGAGACGGACAAUGAAGACAGCGAUGACAUGUACGCUCCAGAGGCUUCCUCCGAGUCCAGUAGCUCUUCCUCUGAUGAUGAAACAGAUGAAGAAAUUCCUGAAGUAGCACGCGCUAGAACUGAAGUAGACAUGAAAGCUGAAACAGUGAGCGUUGUGAAGCCAGAAGUAGCUCCCGUUCCUGGCAGCCCCUUGACUUCCUCAGAGUCAGAGUCCGGCAGCUCUUCCUCGGAUGAUGAAAUGGAAGAGGUUAAGCCUAUUGUAGCAGGCGUGAAGCCUCAAGCGUCCGGCAGCUCUUCCUCAGAGUCAGACUCCGGCAGCUCUUCCUCAGAGUCCGGUAGCUCGUCCUCAGAGUUAGACUCCGGCAGCUCUUCCUAG